AUGUCAAGUGAUAAUAAUAGCAAGGAGCCUUCUCAACACAACAAACGGCUGGAUCAAUUCCAGAAAUCACCCAAAAAUGGGAUUGUGUCUAAUAAUAUUUUCCAAACAGCUCCACAAUUGCCACCUUCAGAUUCUCAAGUUAUUGUCAAUGUUCCCCACAGCGAGAACCUUGAUAGAUUAAACGUAUAUAACCUUGAAGCAACCGUCAUUCCUCCAUAUGUCCUUGAUAGUGUUGGGAAGGCACAAUUUCUGCAACAAUCCCAAAACACUGAAUCUCAAGGAGGUGAUUAUAGAAACUAUGUGGGUAACAAUGAGGUGGAUUUAUCAACUUUGAACAACACUAGUAAUAACCAGAAUGAUUUGUUUUUGUCGUCGAUUAACAAUAAUUGGAAUCAAUUUCUUGAUACUAUUGAGUCCAAAUCUUCAAAUUUGGUGAAAAAUAAAAUCAUUUCUUUGGAUUAUCGAGGCGAUGGUCGUCACAACAAUGAUGAACCACCAUCCAAGCAACCAGGUACUAGCAAACUGCUUGCCAACAUUGACGAAAAAGACCUGGUUAAUUUACCGAGCUCAAGUAUUUUCGAAGAUAGUAGUGCUAGUGAAUACAAAUUACCAGACUUAUCAGGCCCUUGGGAAGGCGAUGAAAGAUUGAGAAAAGUCUUGAACCAGGACGUUUAUGCCAUUAAUGGUAAUUCUGAAGGGUUUGCCAAUGCUGGGUUUACCAAUUGGUUUAACUUUUCCAAAUCAAAGGACGGUGAAACAGACAAUAAGAAACAUCAUUUGGGUAGAGGAAAUAAUGACUAUUCUCCGAAGAUUCGCUCGUCGGCAAAAUACUGGAUGUCCACCGAGCAACGAACUAGAUGGAAACCGUGGUUCAAACAAAUGUUUUUAUUCAAUCCUUACUUAUUAGUCGCACUUAGGUCUAUAAUGUUAGUGCUUUGUGUCGUUGCUCUUGGGCUUGCGGUGUCGAUUUAUAAAAACAGUCAAGAGCACAAUGAUAUCAUCCAGCAACAACCAAGUACCAUCAUGGCGAUUGUCGUACAAUCUGUGGCGUCAGUGUACUUGAUUUACGUUGCUUAUGAUGAAUACAAUGGUAAACCCGUCGGUCUAAGGGAUCCCAUGGGAAAGCUUAAAUUGAUCCUAUUGGAUUUGUUGUUUAUUAUCUUUAGUGCCGCAAACUUAUCUUUGGCGUAUAAUACCCUUUAUGAUGAUCGUUGGGUUUGUGUCGACGACAAAGGAUCAGUAAGUGAUUUAUCUCCCCGCGAAAAUGACUCUAAAUUGACUACUGUGGCAUAUUCAGAUCUGGUGGUGACGAAAGUUCUGACAAUUUGUGAUAAGCAGAGAGCAUUGUCGGCAUUUUUAUUUUUCACUUUAGUGAUGUGGGUGUUCACUUUUUCCAUUAGUAUUUUCAGGGUGGUUGAUAGAGUUGCCUCUCCAAAAUCAUGA